GAGACAAGCAUCAGGACUACAGCUUCUGCAGCCAUGGCCUCCUGUUCUCCGCUCCUGCUCUUGGUCCUGUGCACUCUGACAGUGGCUGAAGCCCAGCUCAAGGUGUUUAACAUGCGGGCCAGCAAACUUGAUUCAGGCCUUCUGGGAACUCCGGAUGCCUAUGUCGAGGUUUUUUGUGGAUCUGUCAGUCUGGGUGAAACAUCAGUUCGCCACAACAACCGAAACCCCUGGUGGGAGGAAGACUUCACUUACUUCAACACCCAAGAGAAUGACACGAUGAGGCUUGAGAUUCAUGACCAGGACAUCGGGUUCGAUGACCUGCUUGGAGUCUGCCAGCGGCAAAUUAAGCUGGGAACCCAUGAGCACGAAUGCUUUCUUGAAGAAGGUGGCUCCCUUCAUUACACCUACACCCUAAGCUAAUUCAGUCAGUAAAACUUCAAAGAUGUAUCCGACCAUAAGUCUUUACAUGCAGCCUUUGAUUCUCUCAGACUGGCUCUGAGAAACAAACAAAUAGAUUUGCUAAAUAUGUUGUUCUGGUUUCUGCCAUAGAGCUUCUUUGGCUAUUCUUCCCUGUUUCAAAGGUGAUUAACAAAAAAUAAAGGGUGCUGAAACAACUCAAA